UUGCAAAGACCAAAUUUCAUUUCACAUCUGAAUCAUCAUCUACAAGCACUGAAUUUUGCUACCUUCAACAAUACGCCAACAACAUACAUAGAGAAGAAGAAAACCUAAAUCUCACUCAAAUCGCUUCUUCAUUCCAAAAAUGGCUAAAACGGCGAUCACCACCGUCGUUUCACUCAUCACAAUCCUCAUCCUCACAACAAUCCCACAAUCAACGGCUGAGAUCAAAUCCCUCACAAUAACCUCCGACACCCGACCCAUGAUCCUCUUAGAGAAAUUCGGAUUUACCCACACCGGCCACAUCCAGAUCGCCGUUUCCUCUGUCUCCGUCGCCGCCGCUGCAACACAAACCGAUCCAUCUCGUCUCGGAUUCUUCCUCCUAAGCGAAGAAUCGCUUCUUCAAGUCCUCAUCGAGAUCCAACAAAACCCUAGCUUCUGCGUUCUCGAUUCACAUUACAUCACGCGUUUAUUCACUUUCCGUGAUCUUUCACCGCCUCCAACUGCGGCGUUUAACCGUUCUUACCCCGUAACUUCUCCGAAUGAGUUCAGUCUCUUCUUCGCUAACUGUGCACCGGAAACCUCCGUUUCCAUGGCGGUUCGGACUGAGCUUUUCAACCUCGAUGCUGGAGUCCGUGAUUAUCUUUCCGCCGGUCAAACGCAGUUACCGUCUCUGUUUUUUCUCUUCUCCGUCGUGUACUUCGGUUUUCUAGGUGUUUGGUUUUAUGUUUGUUACAAUAACAAACGCUCCGUUCACCGGAUCCAUCUCCUCAUGGCGGCGCUUCUGUUGAUGAAAGCUCUUAACUUGAUUUGCGCUGCCGAGGAUAAACAUUAUGUCAAGGUCACUGGAACUCCACAUGGUUGGGAUGUUCUCUUUUACAUUUUCCAGUUUAUCCGUGUCGUGUUGCUUUUCACCGUCAUUGUAUUGAUUGGAACUGGAUGGUCGUUUUUGAAGCCGUUUUUGCAAGAAAGGGAGAAGAAGGUGCUUAUGAUUGUUAUUCCUCUUCAGGUUUUGGCAAAUUUAGCUUCCGUUGUAAUCGGCGAAACUGGCCCUUUUAUUAAGGAUUGGGUUACUUGGAAUCAGGUUUUCUUGCUUGUUGAUAUCAUUUGUUGUUGUGCAAUUAUCUUCCCUAUUGUAUGGUCCAUUAAAUCGCUUAGGGAAACCUCGAAGACCGACGGAAAAGCUGCUAGGAAUCUUGCGAAGUUAACACUUUUUAGGCAGUUUUACAUUGUUGUUAUCGGUUAUCUUUAUUUCACACGCAUUGUCGUUUUUGCUCUCAAGACCAUUACUGCUUAUAAGUAUAGGUGGGUUAGUAAUCUUGCUGAGGAGGGUGCUAGUCUUGCAUUUUACAUAGUCAUGUUUUACAUGUUUAUGCCGGUGGAGAAGAAUGAGUAUUUUGUGCUUGAUGAGGAGGAGGAAGAAGCUGCGGAGGUUGCUCUCAGGGAAGAAGAGUUUGAGCUUUGAAAGAACGUGUUUAACUCUAUCACAGAUAUUUUGUCCACAAUUCGCCUAUAACUGCAAGUGCAACUACAUUUGUGGUUCAAGUCUGCUGUCAGUGCAUUGCUGUACCUCCUUACUUUUUAACUUUCUAUUCUACGGUUAGAGAUAUUGAAAUACUGCUUGUAUGUUUUUAGAUUUUAUUUUGUUUUUGUUUGGAAUGCUCAUAUUGUAUUUGUGCGGAAUAGAAAAAGUUUGUUAAUGUUUUUACUCAAUUAAAUGUUGCUUGCACUCCAGGAGAUGAUUGCUCAAUUGCUGCUGAAUUAUUUUGUUACUUAUUGUUGUUAUUGUUUUACUUUGAAUGUUGCAUAUACACAUUCUUCCCAAUUGUAGUAAAAACGAGCAAUGUACCACAAUCAAUUGGACAUACAUUCUUUUAGAAUCCA